UUCUUCUCUCUACUCGGUUUCUUUCUCUUUGUUUUUUUUAUUUUUUUUUAUUUUUCUUCCAAAUAAAAUCCCUAGAAAAUGGUUUAUACCAUUUCUAGGAUACGCCUCCCCGCCACUUCUUCGGUGCACAGGCCGUACUUAUUAUCAAGCUUCAAUGGCGAUCGGAAGAGUACAAGUAUCUCCUUCUUGUUGAAGAAGAACUUGUUUUCUCGGAAGAUCUUUGCUGGGAAGUCAUCUUAUGAUUCUGAGUCCUCAUCUUUAACAGUUGCUGCAUCAAAGAAAAUUCUUGUUCCUGGCAGCGAGAAAGAUGGUUCUUCAUCUUCAACAGAUCAAUUAGAAGCUCCAGGCAUAGUUUCGGAAAAUCCUCAGGAACUUGAUGAUUUAGAGAGCCUUACAAUGGAAGAUAAGGAGGACGUUGAGGAUGUGAAGAAUGAAGCAAAAGCAAAUCCUGUUCCUUCAUCAAAUGCGGGUGAUGAUGAUCAUGAUGACGAUGAUGAUGAUAAAGCUCAAGAUGAGGAGACAUCUGUUCCUUUGGAAGGGGUGUUAAGCGCUACUAAAGUUAAAGCUAUACCAAGGUCAAUUCCACCACCUGGCAUUGGGCAAAAGAUAUAUGAAAUAGAUCCAACUUUGUCUGGUUUCCGACAACACCUUGAUUAUCGUUAUGGACAAUACAAAAGGCUGCGGGAGGCAAUUGACAAGUAUGAAGGGGGUUUAGAGGCAUUUUCUCGUGGCUAUGAAAAAUUUGGUUUCACACGGAGUGCUACUGGUAUAACAUAUCGGGAGUGGGCACCUGGAGCAAAGUCGGCAUCAUUGAUUGGAGAUUUCAACAACUGGAAUCCAAAUGCAGAUGUUAUGACUCGGAAUGAGUUUGGUGUCUGGGAGAUCUUUUUGCCAAACAAUGCAGAUGGUUCACUGCCAAUUCCCCAUGGCUCUCGAGUUAAGAUCCGCAUGGAUACUCCUUCUGGCAUUAAAGACUCCAUUCCUGCUUGGAUCAAGUUUUCUGUACAGGCUCCAGGAGAAAUCCCAUAUAAUGGUAUAUACUAUGAUCCACCUGAAGAGGAAAAGUAUGUAUUUCAACAUCCUCAGCCAAAGAGACCAAAAUCACUCCGAAUUUACGAGACACAUGUUGGAAUGAGUAGUACGGAGCCAAAGAUCAACACAUAUGUCAACUUUAGAGAUGAGGUGCUUCCGAGAAUCAAAAAGCUUGGUUAUAAUGCUGUUCAGAUAAUGGCUAUUCAAGAGCAUUCCUAUUAUGCUAGCUUUGGGUAUCAUGUCACAAACUUUUUUGCUCCUAGCAGCCGCUGUGGAAGCCCUGAUGAUCUGAAGUCUCUGAUUGAUAGAGCUCAUGAACUGGGUCUUCUUGUUCUUAUGGAUAUUGUCCACAGCCAUGCAUCAAAUAACGUAUUGGAUGGGCUGAACAUGUUUGACGGAACUGAUAGUCAAUAUUUCCACUCUGGAGCACGAGGAUAUCACUGGAUGUGGGACUCUCGCCUUUUUAAUUAUGGAAGCUGGGAGGUAUUAAGGUUUCUUCUUUCAAAUGCAAGAUGGUGGCUGGAAGAAUACAAGUUUGAUGGGUUCAGAUUCGAUGGUGUGACUUCAAUGAUGUACACCCACCAUGGAUUGGGGGUAGGAUUUACUGGAAAUUACAAUGAGUAUUUUGGGUACGCAACAGAUGUAGAAGCUGUGGUUUAUCUGAUGCUGGUUAAUGACUUGAUUCAUGGGCUCUACCCUGAAGCUGUAGCUGUUGGUGAAGAUGUCAGUGGAAUGCCAACAUUCUGCAUUCCUGUUCAAGAUGGUGGUGUUGGCUUUGAUUAUCGCCUGCACAUGGCCAUUGCUGAUAAAUGGAUUGAGAUCCUCCAGAAGAAGGAUGAAGACUGGCGAAUGCGUGAUAUUAUUCACUCCCUCAUCAACAGAAGGUGGUUGGAGAAGUGUGUUGCCUACGCUGAAAGCCAUGACCAAGCUCUUGUUGGUGACAAAACAAUUGCAUUCUGGUUGAUGGACAAGGAUAUGUAUGACUUCAUGGCUCUGGACAGACCAUCAACCCCUGUUAUAGAUCGUGGAAUUGCACUGCACAAAAUGAUUAGGCUUAUUACAAUGGGGUUGGGUGGAGAAGGAUAUUUAAAUUUCAUGGGGAAUGAAUUUGGACAUCCUGAGUGGAUAGAUUUUCCAAGGUGUGAUCAGCAUCUUCCAAAUGGCAAAGUUAUUCCUGGGAACAAUAACAGUUUUGACAAAUGUCGGCGUAGAUUUGAUCUUGGGGAUGCAGAUUAUUUGAGGUAUCGUGGGAUGCAAGAAUUCGAUCGUGCAAUGCAGCAUCUUGAAGAAACCUAUGGUUUCAUGACUUCUGAGCAUCAAUAUAUAUCCCGGAAGGAUGAAGGGGAUAGGAUCAUUGUCUUUGAAAGGGGAAACCUGGUUUUUGUUUUCAAUUUUCACUGGAGUAACAGCUAUUUUGACUAUCGAGUCGGCUGCUCAAAGCCAGGGAAAUACAAGAUUGUCUUGGAUUCAGAUGAUCCGCUGUUUGGAGGCUUCAAUAGGAUUAGUCACACUGCCGAGUACUUCACCUGCGAAGGGUGGUACGAUGAAAGGCCCAGGUCCUUCCAAGUUUAUACACCUUGUAGAACCGCGGUAGUCUAUGCUUUGGUGGAGAAUGAAACAGAACCCAUCAAAGGCUGAUAUCUAUAUAUGAAUGGAAUAUUGAUAUCCGAAUGAUUGCGACUUUUCCCUGUCUCCUGAUGAGAUGCUCACGUAUAUGGCACCUAAUAAAUGCAGUGGAGGUCAGAGAUUUACAUUGCUAAGGUUUUAAAGACUUCCAAGGCAACGAGCAACAACAGCAGCACAAAGGUUGCAAAAUUGAGAAUUCGUACGGUAUCUCAUGGCGAUGAAUCUUCAUGUAGGUAUAAAGACAUCGUGGUAUUUGCAGUGUAAAAAUUUCUUUUGUAGUUAUCUUCCAAGCUUAAUUUAUGGUGGAUGUCAGCUAGAGAUUUUCCAUUGUAUAGCAAGCGCAGCUGAUAUGAUGUUUCAGUCGAAUUUAUAUAAGCUAAUCAUGCAUCUUUUGAAAUGUGUAGAUAUGACUGGCUAAUGGGUUUAGAAUUUUAGAUUAGAUUUGGGCGAUUAUGUACUUUUGCCCGGAUGAAAGAGAUUCGCUACUGGGUACAUAUUUAUUCAUAUUUUUAAUUUGAUUGUUUA